UUCACAAAGCCCAGUGAGAGCAUGGAUUAUCCUGACAUGGCUAAGGAGGCAGGACAAAAGGCUUUAGCUGAUGCUGGGAUUCAUUACUCCACCGUGCAGCAGGCAUGUGUGGGUUAUGUUUAUGGUGACUCGACCUGUGGACAACGGGCUAUCUAUCAUGGUUUGGGUUUGACUGGCAUUCCUAUCAUUAAUGUUAACAACAACUGUGCUACUGGAUCAACUGCUUUGUUCAUGGCCAGACAACUGGUAGAAGGAGGUUUGGCAGACUGUGUUCUGGCCCUUGGCUUUGAGAGGAUGGCAAAAGGAUCCCUUGCCUCAGGUUUUUCAGACAGAACUAAUCCAAUUGACAAACAUUUGGAAAUCAUGAUAAAUAAAUAUGGCUUAGCAAGUGCUCCAGUAGCACCUCAGAUGUUUGGAAAUGCUGGCAAAGAACAUAUGGAGAAAUAUGGGACAAAUCCAGAAUACUUUGCAAAAAUUGCAUGGAAGAAUCAUAGUCAUUCAACUAACAACCCGUAUUCCCAGUUCCAACAGGAGUACACGUUAAAUGAAGUUCUGCACUCUCGCAAGAUUUUUGAUUUCUUGACUGUCUUGCAGUGUUGUCCAACGUCAAAUGGUGCUGCAGCUGCAGUUUUGGCUAGUGAAGAGUUUGUGAAAAGACAUAAAUUGCAGCCACAAGCUGUGGAAAUUCUAGCCCAGGUGAUGGCUACUGAUUAUCCAAGCACGUUUGAAGAAAACAGUUGUAUGAAGAUGGUUGGCUAUGAUAUGACUAAAAAGGCUGCUGAAAAAUGCUUUGAAAAAGCAGGCCUAAAGCCUACAGAUGUUGAUGUGAUCGAACUUCAUGACUGUUUCUCUGUUAAUGAGUUCAUCACCUACGAAGCUCUGGGACUCUGUCCAGAAGGAAAAGCGUGUGACCUGAUUGACAGAGGAGAUAAUACUUAUGGAGGAAAAUGGGUUAUCAAUCCUAGCGGUGGCUUGAUUUCCAAGGGACAUCCACUUGGUGCUACAGGCCUGGCGCAGUGCGCCGAACUCUGCUGGCAGCUGCGCGGCCUGGCCGGGCGGCGGCAGGUCCCCGGGGCAAAGGUGGCGCUGCAG